CGCGUUCGGGUCCACUCGUGUUCUCUCGGUACUCUCCGGCUCAUCUCUUUCCCGAGACUUCACGCAAAGAAACAAACAGCCGUCUCUCCCUGUCGUCUCUCCGGACCAGCUCGCGUGACUUUCGGACGUUCCCGUUGUUGUUGUUGUUGUUGUUGUUGUUGUUUUUUACCGAUUCGGUUAACGGAAACACCGCGUUUUAUACGGUUCGUUUCCGAGCUCGUGCCGGUGGGGGGGCUCGGCGGCGCUCGGACCAACGCGCGCGCUUCGGUCGCGUUCGGCUCUUGUCGUUCGGCGGCAGGAAAUGGACGAAGUGGACUCGGCCACGAAGGCGCUCGGGCUGCACGAACCGCCCAUCGACAUGGCGCCGGUGCAGGAAGUGGUGGGCUCGGAUACCGAGUCGGAGGCCGAAGUCACCGCGUUGGCCGUGAUGGCGGAACCGGAAAACAUCGACAUGGGAGCCGAGUCCCCGCCGAACUCAGACGAGGCCGAGGCGGCGUAUGCAGAGGUGACGGCUGUGACGGUGGCGGACGUCCACGGCGGAGAGGACAGCGUCUUCACCACCACGGUCGCCACGUCCGGAAGUCUCCCGGAACACGUGCUGAGUGGGAGGACAACCCUCCAGCUGGGUGAUGGUCUCAGCACCCAGAAGGCCACCUUGAUCGUGGUUCACAGUGACGGCAGCAUCGUGGAGGCUACCGGCCUCAAGUCUGCUGCAUCAAUGGCAUCAGGCUCACAGACCCCGCCCACACCGCUGACUCCGCCCCAGGACAAGGAGUCCUGCUCCAAGUACAACUGGGACCCCUCGGUCUACAACAACGAGCUGCCGGUCCGCUGCAGGAACACCAGCGGGGUCCUCUACAAGACCCGGCUGGGAUCAGGGGGCAAAGGUCGCUGCGUCAGACACAACCAGCAGUGGUUCACCCCCACCGAGUUCGAGGGUCUGGCGGGGAGAGCGAGCAGCAAAGACUGGAAGAGGAGCAUCAGAUACGCUGGCAGGCCUCUGCUCUGCCUCAUACAGGAGCGUAUCCUGAACCCACACGCUGCUUCCUGCACCUGUGCAGCCUGCUGUGAUGACCUGACAGGGUGUCCAAAGGAUGGAGAGACGGUGGAAGUAGAAAACAUCAGUAUGACCGGUCCAGUCCGCCUCUUCGUCCCCUACAAGAGACGGAAGAAGGACAACGAGCCUCUGGCCACCUCCCCGAAGAAGGAACUCCCUGCAGCCAAAAACAUCACGCUGACGCCGGGCACCACCUUCACCGUGUCCCCGUCGGGACAGUUCACCACCUCGGGCACCUUGACCUUUGAGCGCUCGCCAACGGGGGACGCAGCCGCCGCCGCCGCCGAGGCCUCCGCCAUCAUCUCGGAGGGCUCGGCGCAGAGCGAGGUGUUCGCCAGCACGGCAGUGCUGACGGCGUUGCCGGCGCUGGCCGUGACCCCUCAGCCGGUUCAGGCCAAGAUGGCGGCGGCGGCGGCUCCGUCUCCGUCUCCGGCAGCGGUGCUGCUGAGUGCUUUGGAGGCGGGGCCUGUCGGGGUGUUGGGGCCGGCGGUCGGCGAGGGGCAGAGGAACACCUGGCUGUACCUGGAAGAGAUGGCCAACACGCUGAUGAGCAACGUCCAGCAGCUGAAGGCUCUGAUCGAACAGGCCAAAAGCUCCGCGGGGGUCAAAGGUCACGGAGGCAGGAAGGAGUGUGGUCUCACUCAGUCGUUUCAGAACCACAUCACGUUUCAGCAGCCGGACGAAUUGGAGGCCAAGAGGAGCUCUGACAUCACCGAGAUCAUCAUCAACCAGAUGUGUGUGAACUGCGGCCGGGUGGCGAUGAGCGAGUGCACGGGCUGUCACAAGGUCAACUACUGCUCCGCCUUCUGCCAGAGGAAGGACUGGAAGGAGCAUCAGCACACCUGCUGUCAAUCAGCAGGGGGCGUGUCUGUCCAGGAGGAGGAGCCAAUCUUGGACAUGGACAAAGUGAAAUGAAGGUUCGCCCCUUCGGGACAGGAAGUCCUUAUAUGGGGCAAAGAGGAGCAGGCCUGUUCUAAAGGCUGAACAUUACCUCACUGGAACCUUUAUUGUAAUCAUUAUUUCUUUUUUUACAUCAUUUUUUAUUUUCCUUCCUCAGUGUCUUAUUUUUUAUUUAUAAUCUAUAUUUUUCCCUAUUUAUUUAAGAAGGAGAUUCGUUCUUUUUCAUUUUAACAAGUUCUGGUCCACUUCAUGCGACUUUAUAUCUUUUAUGUUUUGUUUUAAUUAUUUAAAACAAAAUAUUUUAUAUAUAUAUAUAUAUAUAUAUAUAUAUAUAUAUAUAUAAUAUUUUGUCUAUCCACAUACUUUUGAUCUUGUGUAUCCGGUUUAUCAAACACCAUUUUCUUUAUUUAUUAUGACCCGUUUCCCCUCCAGUGAACCUGAACAAAUAAAUACAUUUAAUUUAAUAAAUAAAGUGUUUUCUACAACGUC